GGCAGUUAGUUUUACACCGUGGUCCCAUGCGCAUGUUAAAAAGUUUGUGGCGCAUGCGCGUUCGCUGUGGCGCGAAACGCGGGAAAGUUUGACAGUUGGAGUAACAAUUUGCAUUUGGUGCUUUUUGGUUUUGUUGCAGUGAAUUUGUGUUUUAAUUGUUCGCGUUUAGUGAUGAUGAUUUACUGAUUGUCAUAAACGGAUUAUUAACGAGUUUGUAAUCAUGAAGAAGAUCGAUCCGAAACGAGUGAUCAGCGGAUUGUUCCCGAUCGUUCAUUGGUCUCGGAGCUACGACGCGCGGACAGCCAUUGGGGACCUAAUUGCCGGUAUCACAGUGGCACUGACAUUGAUUCCUCAAUCUAUUGCUUACGCUUCGCUGGCCGGGUUCGAGCCACAGUAUGGACUUUACGCAUCUCUCACCGGUGGUGUUAUCUAUGCAGUACUCGGGACGUGCCCCCAAAUCAACAUUGGUCCAACUGCUCUCUUGUCACUACUUACCUUCACAUAUACAAGUGGCACUAAUCCGGACUUCGCUGUCUUGCUAUGUUUCAUAGCAGGCAUCGUUCAAUUGAUCGCUGGUGUUUGUCAGCUAGGUUUCCUUGUGGAGUUUGUCUCCUUACCUGUGGUAUCAGGUUUCACAUCAGCGGCUGCCAUAACUAUUGCAUCCUCACAGAUCAAAGGAAUUCUGGGUCUGAAAUUUAGUGCGGAGACUUUCGUGGGCACCUGGAGAGGUGUGUUUCGACAUAUCCAGGACACCAGACUGUCGGACACAUUACUGAGCUUAGCAUGCUGCAUAGUGUUACUUGGGAUGAAGGCAUUGAAAGACAUUCAUAUCAAAGCCGCCCAAGACGAGAAGGGUAAUCGGACUGCAGUUAUUCUUCAAAGGACACUUUGGUUCGCUGGAGUUGGCAGGAACGCGGUAGUGGUGGUCGUGGCCGCUGUACUCGCAUUCUUCGUACAUCAAGACAAAAAUGAACCAUUAAUAUUAACUGGUAACAUAACGCCUGGUUUGCCGACGCCUGAAGCGCCACCAUUUUCAUCUAACGUUGGUAAUACGACUCUCACAGCGGGGGAUAUGUUCUCUCGUCUCGGCUCUGGUUUGUUGGUUGUGCCUAUUGUCGGGAUAAUUUCUAAUGUCGCCAUUGCCAAAGCUUUCGCCAGAGGUAGAACAUUGGAUGCGACUCAAGAGAUCGUGGCUUUAGGCGUCUGCAAUGUGAUGGGAGCUUUCUUCCGUUCAUUUCCAGUGAACGGUUCGUUCACCAGAAGUGCUGUGAGUGACGCUUCGGGUGUUAAAACACCCGCAGCCGGAUUUUACACCAGUAUAAUUGUAUUAUUGACAUUGGUGCUCUUGACUCCAUACUUCUACUUCAUACCCCGAGCAGCUUUGGCAGCUGUCAUCAUAUGUGCAGUCUUACACAUGGUUGAUGUGGCCAUCAUUAAAAAUUUAUGGAAAACUAGCAGUAAGUCGUUUCUUUACUCCUAUUUAGCUUUUAUUUAUGAAGUACACUUCAAGUGCUAAAGGUCUGAAGUUUAGACAUGACGGAUAAAAAUAAAGAAAUUAAUAUUGAACUUGAAAGUGGAACGUUUAAAAACCGAUGGAAGUGAAAUACUCACCAAUCUCAAUCAGAUUGUACCUUUGAAUGAAAAGGCAAAAGAAUCUAUCUACCAUGCUCGGUUGACAAUCUUACAAGACGCGACGGAGCUUUUUAGAAUAUGCACUUGCAUCAAACUCUCUGAUUGGACAACUGUAUCCAUAAGAGGUGCUCUUUUUGCGUACCGUAUUUUCUAAGUAUUAAAAGAAAAGUAACUCUAAAAAAAUGGAGAAAGACACAAAAAGUCUUAUAUUUUAUUCAACACUCAUAUAGGUAUAUGUAUAAGAGCCCUUGUAUUCACAACAAAGAUUACAACGGACAAAUCCAGAAGUUUUACAAUGGUGCGUCGCGGUUUCUAAAUUAUUCCGUUGAGAUCCAAUUUAAUCGCUCAACGUUGUAAGCAGUUAUCUCUUUAACUGCUACGGAUUACGAGGCAGCUGUGAGUUAAUAAUUAAGUCAUUUAUCAAAUUUCGUGUUUCUAAGUUGACUGGAGAUUUAAAAAUUGGAUUUUUGUGAAGGGAUUGAAAAUUGUAAAUAUUUCGUUAAUUUGAAAGUAGUUGGUUUGAUAUGAUUUUCUUCUAAAGAUAAGCGGAUAAAUUAUAGUUAUUUUUAAUUGUUCCUUAUGCUGAAAGCUCGACAAAUAUAAUGUUCAGAAAAUGUUUCAAAUAAUUUAUUAUUAAUUAUCAUUAAAGUAGUAAUUAUGAGAAAACUACUAGUAUAUCAAAUACACAUUUAGAGUCUAUUUAUAAAAUUUUCUGGAUUUUAAACUCCAUCUUUUUCUCCUAAUGAUUAUAGUGAAAAUUUAUGAAAAUGCCAGUUACUUUGUACUUUUUACAUUUGGAAUGAUGUUUGGGUAUGUGUACUGUACUUGGGU